AGUUUUUUAUUUGUAUUGUAUUAUGUUUUAUUAAUUUUUUUACACAUAUUUUUACUUUAUAAAAAACCAUGAUACAACGGUGCCCUUUUAAAAAGAGAAUUUAAAAAAUUUUCAUAAUAUCUUUAUGUACGCGUAUAAUAUGUCAUAAUUUUUAUAUACAUAUAUUUACAUGUAAACUUAUAAUCUGUAAUAUAUUAAUAGGUAUACAUUACAAAGUGAUUCAAACACACACACACGCACACAUAUAUAUGUGUAAUUAUUGCAAUGACUAUUUUUUUUUAAUAAUGCUGUACACCUAUCUACUUAAAAUUAAAAUUAAAUUUACUUUUGUAAUUUUCAUAAUUGGCUUGUAUCAUUAAUAAUCUCUUUGCGUUUUUAUUUGUACAUGUCAUGCAAGGUUGAUUAACUAUCUUACUAAAUCUAUUUAAUUUACUGCAACCAUUUAUGAAGAGCAGUUUUCAUGUACUGACAACAGUUUUGUCUUGGAUGUUGUUGUCUACGUGCUCUAUUACAGUUUCUAAACAAUAAAUAAAUUCAUUGAUUACUUGGAUGAGCUGUCAGAUUCGAUAUGGGUAGCGUUUAAGAUAAUACGCAUCAAAUUGCAUUGUGAACGUCGAUUAACAAGAAGUGAAAAUGAAGAAAAAAAUCCAUGAACAAGCAAAAAAAAACUUGCCUUCGAUAGAGUACAUCUUAUGUCCAAUAACAUAUACCUCCUGGCUCGUAGGUGUCGGCAUUGCACAUCCGCGUAAAUGCCGCAAAUGUGUCACGAUAAUCCUACGUAUAAUUCAUUUGGCCUUCUGUUCUAUUUGCAUGAUAUACAAUUUGAAAAAUUUUUUCACUUUCGAAUUCGAUCUUGAAAGCGACAUGUACAAGUGUUUAAGCUUUAUGAACGUGGCGAUAAGUGAUGUAUCCACGUGUUACUACAUUUAUCAAGUAAUCGGGCAAUACGACAAGUGGCUUGAACUGAUGGACAAAAUAAAGGAACUUGAUCAGAAGAUUAUGAAGGAAAUGCCUAUAAGUAACAGGCCAAUAAAAAUUGUGGAAUCGCUAGCGAUUUUAUCGAUGUUCACUUGUUGUCCUUUGUGUCUGAUUGCGGACGUCUUGUAUUAUUACUUUACAAAUAAAAAAGAAAUCAGGAUAGACCUGACAGUUUAUUAUAGAUCAGCCCAAUCCCUAAUUAACAGCUUCGUUUUUGACGUUAUUGUCUAUGUGUUAUAUAAUAGAUUACAAGUGAUAAAUAAAUUGGCCGGCCAAUUGGAUGAGAUAUACGAUGCAAUAGGGAUAGCGCUUAAGAUUAAACGCAUCCGUGAACUCCAUAAUGGUAUUUGUGAUCUUGUCAUCAUGGUAAAUAAUAUUCAUGGUUUUCAUCUUCUCCUUUGUUCAGUGAACUGUCUUACUAUGGUCGUAACUGAACUAUUUGCAAUCUACAUAAUAAUUAUAGAGAAAAAUGACACGUUUAUGUUGAUACAUAUUAUCUUACCAAUUCUGUAUACCACACAGUUUGGUUUGAUGUGCUGGAUUUGCACGCUUUUGCGUCGAGAAUUCGAUAAGGUUAUUUACACAAUUGUACUGAAUUUCAAACUUGUAAACCUUGAAUUAAAAGGGAGAAGUCAAUCAAAUCUAGAAAUGCAAACAUCAGUGGAAGGUCCGAACAGCGGCCAAAAUUCUAUUUGGAGCACUAGUCACAGUCCGAACAACUUUGCCAUGGAAAAUUUGAGCAAAAAUUUGAACCGUGACUGUAUUAGAAGAGAGAUAAAGGAUUUUUUGAUUCAGCUACAACAUCGUCGAGUAGUAUUUACGGCCUGUGAUUUCUUUGAAAUAAACAAUGUAGUAUUUAGUGGUUUUAUUGGCGUGAUCAUCGUUUAUUUGACAAUCUGUAUUCAAUUUUAUAAACCCACUAAGCAUAUACAAAAAUACUAUACAAAAGGGAAUCAUUCUAAAAUUUGUUGAUUUUAACUAAUUUUCUUAAUAUUUACUCUUUGACAACUGCAGAGACACAUAUUAACAUUUUGCUUCUAAAUUAGUAUUAUAAAAAAGUUCUAUUUAGUAUUUUAUAGAGUACACUUUUUAGUUUAUAUUUACGGUUUCAAGGUCUUAUUUUUUAUAAUUUGUAUUUAAAUUAUUCAAAAACAAAGUAGUUUGCCAAUUUUGGCUAUUUGCUUCUGCAUUUGUUUUAUAAAAUAUUUCUUUUGCAUUAAGAAAAAGUAAUUUCAAAAAUUUUAAUAAUAACAAUAUUUUUCAUAGCUAUUUUUCUUAUAUUAUUUUUAUCUUUUCACAUUUAUUUCCUAUAACUAUUUAUUCCGUUAAAAGGAAUUUAUUUAUUAAUGAAUAACAUGUCAUGUAUAACGUAUAAUAUAUAUAUGUUGUUAUUUAACAAAUGUUAAGAAAAAUGGUGGUUUUUUUUUAAGAGAAAAGUCACAAUUGUUAUGAUU